AUGGCAUGGGGCGCCGGCAAGAAGCCUGCGAGGAAAGUCGAGCGCUAUCAGGUGUGCGUUACUAUUAUCAAGGCGAAGCAUCUCGAGCCUAACUCCAAUCCGCAGUGCGUCGUGCGGCUCGGCAAUCGCAAGAAGAAGACCCUCGUCCGCAAGAGGACCGACAGUCCCUACUUCAACGAGUACUUUGUGUUCGAUCUGACGUGCAGUCUCGAGGAGCUGCUCGCCACGCGCUUGGACAUAUCGAUUUUUCUGCGCGGCCGCUUGAAGCGCUCCAAGUUCCACGGCAGCGCCGAUUUCGAAAUCGCCGCCGUUUGGGAUCAAGCAGACCACCAGUACCAUCACAAGUGGGCCAUGCUGACCAACCCGAGGGACUUGGCGGCCGGCCCCAAGGGCUACGUCAUGUGCAACGUUGCCGUCUUGGCCAAGGGCGAAAAAACGAGACUGCCCCCGGACACGGACGGCGACGACGACAUCGAGGGAAAUUUGUUGCUACCGCUGGGCACGAAUAAAUACUUGAGCACGAGGCAGUGCGCCAGAUACAUUUUCACUCUCUACCGGGCGGAGGAUUUGCCUCGAGAGGCCUCCGAGGAGUGCUACCUCAGCAUCUCCUUCGCUGGUAUGAAGGCCUCGACGAGCAGCGAGGGCGGCUGCGGUGAUCCCUGCUACAACGAGCGCAUCGUCUUUCGCGAGAUGUUCCCGUCGCUCUGCCACCGAGCCCGAUUGGUCUACAAGUGCCGCAAGACGGGCCAACUCGCCACGCACCUGCUCAACUUCAAGGAUAUCUCCAACUCCAGCGAACGGGGUUUCUUACCAACUUUCGGCCCAUCGUUCAUACAUCUGUACGGAGACGAGGAACCGAUUUAUCGGGGCCGUUUGCUGCUGUCAUUGAAAGUGGAAAUCGACAUUUUAGAAACUGCCACGGCGGCCAGCGUAACGAUCGAGGACGCACCUGGCCUGGCCGAGGCUAGUAUCUGGCGUGUGGAGGAGUAUCUGCUAGUCUGCGUGUUACACGAUGCCUGUAUGAUCGAUCGAAGCCUCCUGGCGUGUGGCAAGUCUGUUAGCUUCGAGCUUAACUUGGGUAAUGCCGGCAACAGGAAAUACUGCGCUUCGGCGAAACAGCUCGGCAACCAAGACGAUGACGACGAGCAAGACGACGACGAGGAUACGCUCAAAGCCGGUAGCUCGUCGUGCAUAGGCUGCGCCAGCGCCGACAGCAGAAGCGCGAGCUCGCCUCUGAAAAUCGACUCGCUGGAUAACAAGUACAACUACAUAGCUCUAGGCGCAAAAAAGCCCUGUUGCCAUGUCAAGUCUUGGUGGCCGAAUACGGACUGGCGACAGCGCAAUUCCAACAGGCUCAACUUCAUCGCUGAUUUUUUGGAGAGCGAGCUGGAGCAAAUCGACGAGCUCGAGGCAGCGAACCACGAGAGCUGCUACGUGUCGUACAACGCAACAAUGCGAACUUUGAAGCUUCACUGCGGCGACUAUCUGCGCAGUCUUCGAUCCAUGUCGGAUACCAUCUGUGGCAGCGAUAACGACGACGACGAGGACGACGAUGGCUCCUGCCUCACUAUUUUGGAUAAGUACAGGCUGAACCACUGCAGACUGGAAAUGGAAAAGAUACUCGAGAGACUGAAAGCCCAGGGAGAGCUGAAGGACAACACGCUGCUGAGGAUCGGCCUGCUGCACGCCCGCAGACACUUGCAGCUCAUCAAAGAGCUGGCCACCGACCCCCAGCACAGCCAGCCCGAUAUCUUCAUCUGGCUGCUGCGGAAGAAUCGACGCGUGGCCUACGCUCGUCUGCCCGCAGCCCGAUUCAUCCACGCGGAAGAGCGUGCCGAGCGUGGCCGAGAUUGCGGCCUGCGCACCAGCGUGUUCCUCAAGCGGCCAGAGGCUGCUGCGGCCGCCACGCUCGACGACGCCACUUCCGACAUGUCCGGCGGCGUUUGCAAGCUCGAGCUCUUCCUCUGGCUGGGCAACGCCAAAUUCGCCGCCGCAUGCUGGAGCGCCCUGCCACCUGGUUACCGCGUCGACGAGACCCUUGGUUUGGACAAAUUUCCCGCUUGUUUCGAGUACGAGAUCUCGUCGAAAUUUCAAUUGAGAGUGCACCUUUACCAGGGCAGAUUCGAGCCUGGCAUGGAUUCGUCGGGUCUGCUUGAUCCAAUGGUUCGGAUCAUUUUUCAAGGCUACACAAUGACCACUAAAGUGAAGAAGCAGACACUCGAUCCGUUUUGGGAUCAAACGCUCGUAUUGCCGGCGAUCGAUCUCCACGCUACGCCCGAGUACGUGAAGGAUCAGCCGCCCAAAGUCGUUAUGGAAGUUUUCGACAGCGAUUACAACAGGCUUGAACUAUACGGACGAUGUCUGGUGGAGCCGAUGGUUAAAUUCAAGGAGCAGCAGUACUCGACAUCGGAUUUUCUCCCCCGCUUAAAAUGGCACAAGCUUACUGGUCAUCAGCAAAAUGCUCAGGGCGCUGUUAUGGCUGCCUUCGAACUCGUUCAGCUGGACAAAGACGACGAAGAGCCGAAAUCAGAGGCCAUCGACGGUGUACCGGAAAUAAUUCGGCCUCGACUGGUCAGCUACAGACUCGAAGUCAUUUUCUGGGGUAUCCGCGACUUCAAGCGGCUGAACCUGAUCUCGGUAACGAAGCCUAAGCUCGUCGUCCGCUGCGGCGAGGCCCGUCUCGAGUCCAGCGUCAUGGAGAACGCCGCGAGACUGCCGAAUUUUCCCGAUAUCCACGCUAUGCUCGAUUUGAACAUGCCAGAGGAGGAAAUUUAUUAUCCGCCGAUUAUGAUAAAGGCCUUCGAGUCGCGAGUCGGCCGCUUCGCCUACGUGGGCGUGUGUAACGUGCCGACGAUUUACAGCUUCGUGCAGAAAUUAGUGACGAGGGACGAGUACGAGGCGGCCAUUUAUCAACCCACUAAAAAGUCAAGUACUGCCGCAACGCGCCAACACGUCAACGUAUCGAUUCGCAUUGACGAAGACGACGAGGGAGAAGGGACUACUUGGAUGAGCUACAAAAAGCUGAAAAAUUAUCAGCAGAAUAAAAAGUCGUGGCUAGGUAAACUUUUGCCCUGGAAAGGACGAAGCGACGAGGUUGCCGUUACACUCGCCGUCGAGCGCGACGACUCCCUCGACUGGUGGUCCAAAUAUUACGCAUCUAUCGAGGCUUUGUCUCGGCUGCAGGAGGAGAAGAAUAAAGAGAGCGGCCCGACGAGCAAGGCAAAGCCCUGGAUAAAGCGAUUGGCGAGUUUCAAAGUGUACUCCGAAGAGUUGGAAUCUCAGCCGGAAUUUUCCGGCUUUCAGGACAGACUGCGAACUUUCGAGCUUCAUCGUGGCAAGCACAGCAACGACCCGCGACGCGCCGCCGACGACGACCGCGUCGGUAAAUUCAAGGGUUUCAUCGCCAUCUAUCGUUGGCCCCAUCCCGAUGGAUUAUCCUGCGUUAAUCGCGUCGGGCGGAGCGCCAAUUCCGGCCUUUUGAACGAUUAUCCGUCGCAAGAACCGCUGAGCCUCGUAGUCCGCGUCUACGUUGUCAAAUGUUUAAAUUUGAACCCCACGGACCCUUUGAGCGGCAAGACAGACGCUUAUCUGCGUCUCAAGCUUGGCAAACGUGUAAUCGACGAUCGAAAGAGAUACAUACCGAAUCAAUUGAAUCCAACCUUUGGCAGGGUGUACGAGCUCGAGGCCUCGCUGCCGAAAGAUCACAGCCUGCUGCUGCAGCUGUGGGAUUACGACGCCACCUCGGCGGACGAUCUCAUCGGCGAGACGCGAAUCGACAUCGAGAAUCGCUUCUACAGCCAGCAUCGAGCCACCUGCGGCCUGGCCCUCACCUACGACGAGACGGGCUACAACUCUUGGCGCGAUCGCGAGAAGCCCUGCCAGAUACUGCGCCAGCUCUGCAAGAGGAACAAUCUGCCGCUGCCCGAGUACUGGGACGAUCACGUGCGCAUCGGAAAGAUCAAAUUUCUCUGUCCCGGUCUCGGCGACCAGACGGAUAAGGAGGAACGAAUGGCUUUGAGCGUACUGCAUCGCUGGUCGGACUUCCCAAUUUGCGGCUGUGCCCUCGUUCCCGAGCACGUCGAGAGACGUCCUCUAUUCAAUCCCAAGAGGCCCGGACUGCAGCAGGGCAGAGUUGAAAUGUGGAUCGAUAUGUUUCCGAUCGACGAAUUGCCGGCAAAGCCCGCCAUCGACAUCAGUCCGCAGCCACGGGAGGAUUACGAGCUUCGCGUGAUCGUCUGGAACACCGAGAACGUUCCUCUGGUCGACAGUCAAUUUCUCACGGGCGAAAAGUGCUCGGAUAUCUACGUCAAGGGGUGGAUCCUACCGGAGGACGCGCAGCGCACCGACGUGCACUACAACUCGCUGACCGGCGAGGGCAACUUCAACUGGCGCUUCACAUUUCGCUUCACGUGGGCUCGAGGCGAGCGCUGCAUGAUCGUCCGGCGCAAGGCCUCGGUGUUCGCCCGCGACGAGACGGAGCAGCAGGUGCCCUGCGUCCUCGAGAUCCAGGUCUGGGACAGCGAUCACUUUUCCAAGGACGACUUUUUGGGUGCGCUGAGUCUCGACUUGGGCAAAUUGCCGAAAGGAAGCCACAGCUCCCGCAACUGCAAAUUGAGCCUGCUUGACCCGAACACGCCGAGAGUGAAUCUGUUCCGACUCGAGAGGACUCGCGCUUGGUGGCCUCUGUCCGUCAGCAAGACCGUGGGCCAUCCCAUGCAGGCUGGCAAAAUUGAGCUGGAAUUGAGCGUGUUGCCGGUUAAAGAGGCCGAGCAGCAGCCGGUCGGAAGAGGACGCAAGCCACCGGAAGCCCUGCCACCGCCCAAACGACCGGACACGUCAUUUUCUUGGUUUCGAAAUCCCUGGAAAGCCUGCUGUUUCGUGGUUUGCCGCUACUACCGCUGGCGGAUAAUCGGCUGUUGUUGCUGCAUCUUCGUGGUGCUCCUCGUCGCCGCCGGAGUCUACGCUUUUCCCGGAUACUUCGUCAAGCGUUUGGUCGGCGCUUAG